CUUUUUUUUAAUUCAAUCCAUUCCACUGGUUGUGGAUUGUCCACUCAGAAACUUCACAAAGCCUUAUCCCAAAUGGUUUGUAUUGGCCCUUAUUGGUCUCCCCUUAUGGACACUUUAAUCACUUUUGAUGCUAAUCUGAGUAAUAAAAGCAUCUAUUUGUGGUUCCAUAAAGCCAUGAGGAUCUGUGGCUUGAGAAUCAAAAUGAAUUGUCAUGUAAAUUUUGAUUGGUUCAAAUAAAGUUUCCAUGGAAUUUACACUCUUUUUUUCUGUUAUAUGUUUAAGGCUUUGAAAUGGAGUUUGAAGACCGCUUCAGACACCAGGCUCAGAGACCAAAAUAUGAUUGUCUUCUUUUUGAUUUAGAUGAUACUUUGUAUCCCCUCAAAUCUGGUCUUGCAGAAGCAUGUCUCAAAAAUAUUAAAGACUACAUGGUUGAAAAGCUUGGCAUACACCCAAGCAAAAUUGAUGACUUAUCCAACCUCCUUUACAAGAAUUAUGGAACAACUAUGGCUGGUCUAAGGGCAAUUGGAUAUGACUUUGACUAUGAUGAAUAUCAUAGUUUUGUUCAUGGGAGAUUACCUUAUGAGAACCUAAAACCAGACCCAGUUCUGAGGAACCUCUUGCUGAGCCUGCCCUAUAGGAAACUUAUCUUCACAAAUGCAGACAAAGUCCAUGCUGCUAAGGCACUUAACAGGCUUGGAUUAGAAGGCUGCUUUGAAGGAAUCAUAUGCUUUGAGACCCUUAAUCCCAUUCACAAGAGCACUGUUUCUGAUGAUGAAGAUGACAUUGAGUUUGUGGGUUCAAGGACAACCAAUCCAACCACUAGCAGUAAUGCUCCAGCCAAUUCUCAAAUCUUUGACAUCAUAGAACAUUUUGCCAAGCCCAAUCCCACUUCAGUUUUGCCAAAGACACCAAUUAUCUGCAAACCAUCAGAAAAUGCCAUUGAAUUGGCCCUCAACAUAGCCAACCUCAAACCUCAAAGAACAUUGUUCUUUGAGGACAGUACCCGUAACAUACAAGCUGGAAAACGUGUGGGGCUUCACACUGUGCUGGUUGGUACAUCACAAAGAUGCAAAGGAGCAGAUUAUGCUUUGGAAAGCAUUCACAACCUUAAGGAAGCUGUGCCAGAACUAUGGGAAACUGAUAUAAAAUCAGAAGUUGCAUACCCUGGAAAACUAGCUGUGGAAACAUCUGUCACAGCUUGAGAUUGAUUAUUAUUAUAAAUAACAAUAAUAAUAAUAAUAAUAAUAUUAAUAUUAAUAUGUCCAUCAAAUUAUGUCCCUUCUUCUUCAAUAUUGUUCAUUUUAUGAAUUGAAAUUCCACCACCAAACAAAAAGAAAAAAAGAACAAAAGAGAGAAAAGCAAUGGGAAUUCCCCAACUUGAGAUGUAGUAGUUGUAGUUGAUGUAGAUGCUUUGUAAGAUUGCAAUAAAUUAGUCAUUAAAAUAA